CCUUUGGGGAUGGGGCAAUAUAUUAAAUCUUAUAUAUAAAUCAGUAAUAUAAAUAUAAAUUGGGCCCACACAUAUGACCACAUUGGAAUGAAAUUGUCCAGCAGAAACAACAUCUACCAAAUGAAGAACAACAAAACAAACAAGACCGAAGAGUAGUGUUCCUAGGGAUACCAGGGAGCACAGCAACAGCAUUGACGGCGGAUGAAAUGGCGCACUGGUGUAGAGCAACAGUACAUGUCCUGAGGGCACGUAAGGAAUUUGUUAAAGAACAACAGCAGCAACAGCAACAACAUCAGGGAAUGGAAAAAUCAUUAAAACCAUUAAAACAAAAAAGCGAGCAAAGGUCACGCAUCCCAGAGCAAAAAGAAACAGAGCAAAGAAGAUGAACAAAAGAAACAGUAACAACAACAACAACAAAAGAAACAACAGACAACAAGCAAAAGGAGGACAGUGAGAUGACUGAGGAGGAACAGACAGGAGAAGACGACACAGAUGCAGAUAGUAAGUCCAUAUUAUGAAGAAGAAGAUGAUGAUAAAAAAGACACAGAGGAAGAGGAAAAAGAAAAAAUGGAGGAGGAGGACCCAAGUAAACAUCAUGGUCACUGGGAAGUGUUACCCAGACGCACACCUACCCAAACAUGAAGCAGACUCCUACAAGAAAAACAAGAAGAGAAGGAGGAAAAGCCAAAGCCACCGUUGCUGCUACUACCGCUACUGCCAUCACUACAGUAGCUACACCAAUGGCGGGGGCGGGGGCAGCAGCAGCAGCACAACCAUCACCACCUCAACCACUAGCACCUCCACCAUCAUCGCCACCGCCACAACUACCACCAUGGACAAAACCACUUCCUCCACCGCUGCCACAACCACAGCCACCACCACGAUCACAGCCAAAACCACCACCAUUACUACCCAGAAAGUGAACAAUCAAAAAAAAGGAAGACGCAAACCUUACAGCAGCUGGAUUGACAAAGCUACCACAUUCUAGCACAAUUAAAACAACGGCAAAAGAAGAUCCUGGGAAGCACCACCGUGAUCAAGGACAAGAAAGUGACCAUCAUUGACAUAGCAGUCCCUUCUGACAGCAGGGUCAUUGAAAAACAACAUGAGAAGGUCAAGAUAUGAAAAUCGAGCAGCUAAUAUGCACGUUGAGCGCCAUCCCAAAAACACUAGGGCAGCACUUGAAACAUCUUCAAAUUGACAAAAUUAACAUUGGCAAAUUCAGAAGGCAGCCCCACUGGGAUCUGCACAAAUACUACGUCGAUACAUUACAACUUCCCAGGCCUCUGGGUGAGGCUCGAAUUGUAAUGAAUGGCUAACAACCAACUUUAUUUGAGUGACCUCCCCUCACUUCUGACAGGUCCCGACUUCCACGCUCCCAAGCUCUCCUCACAUUAUUUAUUAACCCUGGUUUACGUGGAUGACUCUGUUCAGCUAUCACAUUCCAGGGUGGGUCUAAGGCAGCUCAUGAAACAAUUUUCUGAGUACUGCAAC